CUUGUUGCGAGGUGACAGAUGAAGCAAUAUGAUGACAAAUGCCGUGUUUGAGCAUUGAAUCUCUCGGAUUAUUCAGGUGAAGAUGUUCAGCCGCGUACUUGGGAAGACCUUGGGGUUUGUGGGCUACACCAUCCAGUAUGGGUGCAUUGCACACUGCGCCUUCGAGUACAUCGGAGAGAUUGUGGUGUGCUCUGGCCCAUCAAUGGAGCCCACCAUUGUCAACAAAGAUGUUGUUUUCUCAGAGCGAAUGACUCGGCAUCUUUGCAAAAUACAAAAGGGUGAUAUUGUGAUUGCAAAAAGCCUAUUUGACCCCAAUAUGAAUGUUUGUAAAAGGAUAAUUGGAUUGGAAGGUGACAAAGUCUGCAUGAGUGGUCCCUCAAAUCUUUUCAAGACCCAAACAUAUGUGCCAAAAGGCCAUGUAUGGCUAGAAGGUGAUAACCUUACAAACUCUACUGACUCAAGGAGCUAUGGGCCAGUUCCUUAUGCACUCAUCCGAGGGCGUGUUUGCUUGAAGAUUACUAUGACCUGGAUGAUGAAGAAUCCUCACAGACAUAUGGAAAAGUUAUAAUUUUUAGCAAUCAAGUUUGUAUGUUUAAUUGAUAUUGUGUCAGUAAGUUAAAAAUGACUUGGGCAAUUAUGCUAUUAGGCUGACAAAAUUUUCUUUGCGAUGCAAAGAAACUGAAGAGUUUGUCAUUUUCUGUAAAUGUCUCAAUGAAUGUGACACAAGUCCAUCCUUGAUUUUGAAGUCCUCUUUUUCUUUUCAUUGUUUAGUCUUCCAGUGGUCUGUUUUUAUUUUGUAUUUUUUUUUACAGAUUAUAGAUUUAUAUGUUGAAGUGUCACACUAGUUAACUUGAGUUUCAUUAGAAAAUUCAAUAUAUUUAUGUUUUGGUUUAGGUGUUGAUACCUCCAUUAUUUUUUUUCAUUUCAUUUAUAUAUAUUUUUUUCCCAAGCUGCAAUAGCCAUUUUGAGCCCCUUUGAAAGACAUGAGUCAGUUGGAAGUUCAAAGCAAGUGUGUCCGAUUGACCAAAGCCUGGACAACAUAUUGUCUAGCUUUCCAUUCUGCUAUGUUGUCAUGUCACUGGAUGUCAUAGCAACCACGACCCCGGAAACAGGUCAGCCAACCUUCUGUCCAUCUGAUUGGACAGCGGCACUCCACUGGAGGGCCUACUGCGACAGCUGAUAAAAUAACAAGAUCUUGUUUAAAGUCUCACACGUCAUUAAGUAGGCAUAUUAGCAAAUGUGUCGAGCAAAUUGUUAGAGUUGUAAUGAUAAUAAGUCUCCCAUUGAAUGUUUUUCUUGUCUUUGCCCUGAACAGCUCUGGCCCCCAGAUAGUUUUGGGACCCUCAGUGAAAGUCCAACCAGGCGGUUUGUGAAAGAUCAGGAUGA